CCGUCAAGUGCCCUCGUCCUAGACGUACGUCACAGAUUAAUCCAUUCGAACCAGUCUGGGGUACAGGAGCCACGAUGACAAUGGGCAGGUCAACCGAGAAAACAGCUGCCCUUUACAACAGGGUGCUCAGCGGACGCUUCAUCCCCGAGUCAGUGGAUGCCAUCCGCACCGCAGACACGAGCGCUCAGCCGUUCGCCACGACACAGAACGACGGCGACGACCCCUACGCAAGCUACGGCGCGGACGGCACUUCCACGUCGGUCCCGGAGCUCAAGACUGUGAUCCAGUUCAAGGACCCAAAGGGCAGCAAGCACGUGAUAGAGUUCCAGAGCUACUCCUUUGACAAGGAGGACGGCGAUGAGAACGGCAACGCCGCGGAGGAGGAGUCGGACCCUUUCCGCGCAUACCCUGUGCUCCUCAAGGCCGUCAUCGGCAGCGGCAAGAGCCUCGUGUGGCGGCUCGAGAUCCAGAAUGCCGGGAUCGUCAACGUCUUCCGCGAGAUCGCGCACAACCACAAGGAGCUCGACCUGACGACCACUGUCCUCACCAUCGAGCACCCCUUCCGCUGCCUGUUCUUCCUCAAGGACGAGCUGGAGCAGCGCGUGCAGCGCGGCGGCGGCGGCGACGACGCCUCAAUGACCGCAAACACGCGCAUCGGGCUCACACAGCUGGUGCGCUUCAUCCGCUCGCCCAUGUGCCACGAGCGCGAGAUCGAGACGUACGAGACCCAGGUGGUGAAGCAGGGGAGGAUCUCGUUCUUCAUGCUGUGGAUGAUCUUCCGCCCCUACGAGCCCGUUGUGCGGAUCCGCCCGGGCCAGGCGGUCGAGGACAGCCAGUGCUUCAUCCUGGAGUCCAUCACGCCCGACUAUGACGGCGGGCGCGGCGGCAAGCCGUCCUGGGAGCUCAUUCUCCUGUUCGGCACGCACAACGGCAGCAACUACAGAGUCAAGACCAAGGUCAAGAAGAUUGAGUACUUUGAGGGCUUGCGAGAGCUGACCGACCCCAACUUGAAGUUCGUCCCGCUGCGGUUCCUCGAGGCGCGGAGCCAGCAUUCGAUCCGGGAGGCCCUGAUCCGCAGGGGGAAAGAUUACAUUGAAAUGUGCAAACAGCCGUACACCGUCUGGAAAGCAAAAGGCCCGGCGUACCUGCUGAAUUCUGGAAAGGGCGAGGAGAUUAGAGAGCAGUUUGCGAAAAAGGUCAUUGAUCUUGACGAGCGCGUCAUUGUUGAUCGACUCAAGCAGAGCAGCAUUGGUGAUGUCAGCGAUGACAGAGGCAGCAUCGUCGCGUACUGCCUCAAAGAUGCCCUGCCGAAACCUGCGCCGCUCCUCCCCACCAAGAGCGACGGCACUCCCAGCGAGGCUGCAGGCAAGAGCAAAGCCCCAGCAAAGAAAGAGACUGGCCCGUUCCAACCAGGCCUCGUACCGGCAAACUGGAUCCAGAAGACUGGUGUCUGGGGCGACAUUGACACGACAGCCUACAAACAGCCAAAGAACAUAGUGCUAGAGGAUGACGACUACAUGAUCUGCCGCAACGUCACGGCUGCGUUUGCGCUCAAGCAGAAACUCUGGGUCAAGAUGGUCAAGGUCAACCACCUAUCCAAGAUCGAAUACAAUGGAGAUCCGUUCUUGUCACUCCAAAUGCCGUCGCACAAGAAGCAAUUCAUCCGCAGACUGGUCGAGGGCUUCAGGAGGAGCAAAGACGGAUCAUACGAUGACGUCAUAGAGGGCAAGGGAAGAGGCCUGAUCUUUCUCCUCUAUGGUCCGCCCGGCCUGGGAAAGACCCUGACAGCCGAGAGUGUUGCUGAAGUGGCAGAGCGACCGCUGUACCACAUCAGUGCCGGCGAACUGAGCACCAAGGUCAGCGUCCUAGAGAGCGAGCUGCAGACCAUCUUCAAGAUGGGUGCGAGGUGGGAUGCUGUGGUGCUCUUAGACGAGGCCGACGUCCUGAUGAGCCAGCGGACCACGGAUAACCUGGAACGCAACUCGGUCGUUGCUGUCUUCUUGCGUAUGCUCGAGUACUACCGGGGCAUGUUGUUUCUCACCACGAACCGCCGCGACGACUUUGACGAUGCCUUCUUUAACCGCAUCCACGUCACCCUCAAGUACAAUGAGCUCGACGUGGCCUCGCGCACCAACAUCUGGCGCCACCACCUGCAGCGCGCGACGCGCGACAACAAGGAGCGCUCCCUCUGGACCGAGGAGAUGUACGAGACGCUGGGACGGAUCCAGCUCAACGGGCGCGACAUCAAGAACUAUGUCCGCGUCGCGUACACGUACGCGCACGCCGUGGACGGCGAGGAUCUCGGGCUCGAGCAAGUGCAGGCCGUGCUGCACAACAGCUUGUCAUCGCCGGGAUAUGCACUUCAGAGGGGCUCGGAGGGCGGCGAGGAGGGAGGUGUGAACAGCCAGGAGCAUGUCUUGCAAGAGCUGGAUGAUUUGAUGAGCAGGGCCAGGGUUUCCGAGAAUGUUCUUGGAGGUGAGAAGGAGUGAAGGAUCAUGAUCAAGAUGAUACCGUCUUUCUACAUCAGUCUCAUAGCACGUUGCGCAAAAUUGAUACCCAUACGAAGUCUA